GGUCCGUUAUGCACAUAUUACUGCACAUCCUGCAGCUCCUGCAAGCUGCUGCACCACAGUCCUGGUCCUGAACCUGGUCCUGGUCCUGGUCCUGGUCCUGGUCCUGAAUCCCCGCCUGCUCCGAGGCGACAUGCCCGGCCGCAGGUAGCCGCCCCCCCCCGGGUCUGCUGGGCCUGCUCCACCGGGCCGAUGGAGAGGGCGACCCGGCUGCUGCUGGUGGCCGAGCUGCGCGUCAGGAACGCGGCGUACGAAGUGAGCCUGAGCCGGUCCCUGCUGAGCUGGAAGAGACGGGCCCCGAGCCCCGUGUACCGGCCCUUCAGACCCAGUGUGCAGCACAGCGUACCUGUGUCUGAGAUCAUCUGUGUCCGAGAGGAAGACCAGGAAACCAGCCGUCGACGAAGAGAUGACGGCACCUGGAGGAAGUUCUCAGAGUCAGAGGGAAAGGACUGCAGGCAGGCCUUCACAGUGUGGUACGUGGAGCGACGUCGACAGCACCGCUGGCAGUGUGCUGACAUCACCUUCACCUGUCCAGGUGGACCGACCUGCCAGAGCUGGAUCAGAACCAUCACCGAGCUGAUCUCCUCCAUCGCCUGCCGGCCCAAGCAGCUGCUCGUCUACAUCAACCCCCACGGCGGGAAGAGACGGGGGAGGCGCAUCUAUGAGCAGCAGGUGGCGCCGCUGUUCGCCCGGGCGGGCGUCUCCACCCACGUCAUCGUGACGGAACAUGCCAAUCACGCCAGGGAUCACCUGCGGACGGAGGCGGAGCUGGACAAGUUUGAUGGUGUGGUGUGUGUGGGGGGAGACGGCAUGUUCAGCGAGAUGGUCCACGGUCUGGUCUGGAGGACCCAGGUGGACGCCGGCCUGGAUCCAAACUGUCCUGAAGAGACGCUGAAGCCCUGCUCACUUCACAUCGGAAUCAUACCUGCAGGUUCUACAGACUGCAUCUGCUUCGCCACCGUGGGAACCAAUGACCCGGUGACCUCUGCCCUGCACAUCAUCAUUGGAGACUCCCAGGCCUUGGACGUCUGCUCCGUCCACCACAACAGCACCUUCCUGCGGUACUCCGUCUCCCUGCUGGGAUACGGUUUCUAUGGAGACGUGCUUUCUGACAGCGAGAGGAAGAGGUGGAUGGGACCGGCUAGAUACGACUUCUCAGGUCUGAAGAUGUUCCUGACCCACCAUUACUACGAGGGAACCGUGUCCUACAUACCUGCCAGAAGAAUCCUGGGGACGCCACGGGACGCCACCAGGUGUCGCUCUGGAUGUGCAGUUUGUCGACACAACGGUCAGAUUCUGUCGGAGAAGGCUGACCAGUACCAGGUGGAGGAAACGUCUGACUGUGAGUCCAGCGGUGAGGAAACUGCCGAGGGGGAGUGGAGGACGGUCCGGGGGAAGUUCCUGGCCAUAAACGCCGCCAGCAUGUGCUGCGCUUGUCCCCGCAGUCCCAAAGGCCUCUCGCCUGCCGCCCACCUGGCCGACGGAACCGCAGACCUCAUCCUGGUCCGCAAAUGUUCCCGUCUGGACUUCCUGCGCCACCUGCUGCGCCACACCAGCAAAGACGACCAGUUCGACCUGACCUUCGUCGACGUCCACCGGGUCCUGCGUUUCCGCUUCACGCCGCGCCACUGCCAGAGCGACUCGGACCUGGACCUGAGGGAGCUCGGCAAGAGGCAGAUCUUCAGCCAGAUCUGCAGAGACCACCCGGCCUGUGGCUGCACCCCCGCCUUCGGCAGCUGGAACUGCGACGGCGAGAUCCUGGCGCACGCCGCCAUCGACGCCAGAGUUCACAGUCAGCUGAUCCGACUGUUCGCUCGAGGGAUCGAGGAGCCGCCGGGGUUCGAGGAGAUGGCCAGCAGCGCCGCGGUCUAAGCCCCGCCCCCACCGGUCCACGUCGCCGGCACCGCGGCUGCAGCCGCCGUCACCCGGAGACUGGUCACCCUGAGACUCGUCGGAGCUCGGACUCAGAAACUGCUUUUUAGGUCAAGAACGAUGGAUCCUUCCUGUCUAGACAGGAAGUGACGUCACUAUAUGUCUGGUCCCCCGGAGACUGGUCACCCGGAGACUGGUCGGAGCUCGGACUCAGAAACUGCUUUUUAGGUCAAGAACGAUGGAUCCUUCCUGUCCAGACAGGAAGUGAUGUCACUAUAUGUAGAACAGCUCUGAACGUGUUUCCAUCCUGAAAACCAGCAGAAGAUCCACAAGUGACAAACCCACUGGGAGGCUCCCCGGGUUCCCGGGACCGGUUCCUGGUUCCUGGUCCACCUGAGAUCAACUCCAGUCCUGAAUCCUUCAGAGAGACUUGAACUUUCCUGCCGCGUGUAGCUUCAGGACCAGGUUUCAGCGGUUCCCCCGGAUCUUUCUGGUUCAGGUCUCGUGGGUUCCCCGGACCUUCCUGGUUCAGGAGGCCUGCCGCUCCUCCCAGGACCAGGUGAGCAGAGCUAAUCUGGAUCCCAGACCAGACCGGUUCCUGCAGCAUCUUCAAGCCGUCAGACGGUUUUCAGACAAUCCUGAAUCUGUCGUAGCUCCUUGUUUCCAUGGAGACCUCGGUGGUCUUCAGCUCCCACACACCGAUGUUGUUCCUCCUCCGGACCAGCAGCUCCAGCACCGGGGACCAGCAGACCCUUUUAAAGUUUCAGGUUCCUUUCUGCAGUCCAGCUGGACUCGGACCGGAGGGAACCGGUGGCACGUGACGGGGCAGGCAGCGACCAAUCAGCUUCUACUGACGGGGCAGGCACCGACCAAUCAGCUUCUACUGACGGGGCAGGCACCGACCAAUCAGCUUCUAGGGGCGGGGCUCCAAGGCACCGACCAGUCUGGCAUCUGUGUUUGUAGCAGACAUUUUUGAUUUGAGAGUGUCAUCAGUGUUGUCACGCCGCUGUCCUUCCUAGCUCCGCCCCCUCACGCCGCUGCCCUUCCUAGCUCCGCCCCCUCACACCACUGUCCUUCCUAGCUCCGCCCCCUCACGCCGCUGCCCUUCCUAGCUCCGCCCCCCCACGUGCCACUGUCCUUCCUAGCUCCGCCCCCUCACGCCGCUGCCCUUCCUAGCUCCGCCCCCCCACGUGCCGCUGUCCUUCCUAGCUCCGGCCCCUCACACCACUGUCCUUCCUAGCUCCGCCCCCCCACGUGCCGCUGUCCUUCCUAGCUCCGCCCCCUCACGCCACUGCCCUUCCUAGCUCCGCCCCCUCACGCCACUGCCCUUCCUAGCUCCGCCCCCUCACGCUGCUGUCCUUCCUAGCUCCGCCCCCUCACGCCGCUGCCCUUCCUAGCUCCGCCCCCUCACGCCGCUGUCCUUCCUAGCUCCGCCCCCUCACGCCGCUGCCCUUCCUAGCUCCGCCCCCUCACGCCGCUGUCCUUCCUAGCUCCGCCCCCUCACGCCGCUGCCCUUCCUAGCUCCGCCCCCUCACGCCGCUGUCCUUCCUAGCUCCGCCCCCUCACGCCGCUGUCCUUCCUAGCUCCGCCCCCUCACGCCAAACGCCACUUCUGCUUCACGACAGGUUCUGACCAGGUCUGAGACCCAGGAUUCAGUCCUCACUUGUCCUCCAGCUUCUCCUCGUGGUCCAGUUCACAGUUGCCGUGGCGACUGAAGGCCACACCAGCAUCUCCUGUGGCACCAGGAAACCCCCAGCCAGGUGAAAGGAACCAAACAUCAGUUCCCUGGUUCCUGCAGGACGUCGGGGAACCUUCUGGUGUCGCUGAGAACAGACUUCAAACUGUUGAGUGAAAGAAGAUCCACCAGUUCCUCAACUGCCUCAGACUCCAUGAAGACAAUCAGCAGGAAGCUGCAGGACCAUCGCUGAUGGAGCUGUGGACGCAGGUUCUCCAGGUUCUCAACGUUCGUCUCGUAACCAAAAAUCUGCUGUUGAACUUUCAGAAACGUCGGACUGAGCUGCAGCUUUUUAUUUGUUAGUAAUGAAUCAUAUUUAUUGUAAACGGGUAAAUCUCCAGGUAAAAGUGUAGAAGUCUUCGUUGUUCCAUCUUCUUCAGGUCCAGAGUGAUUCUCGUUCCUGACGACGUCAGCUUUCAUGUCUGAACCGUUUCACUCUUGUUCUCCGACUCCGAGAAUUCGGAUUGGUCCGAUUCUGCUGUAGCGUCACUUUUUCAGAAAUAAAACCUUUU